AUGAAUUCACCCAAGUUCGACCCUGUUAUGAACUUGCUUAAGUUGAAAACCAGAGCAUCGUCCCCCGUUGCCGCCGAGGCCACAGUAAAUUCCCAGCAACAGUUUCCGCCACCGAAGAAAGCGAGAUUAGACGAAACUGCGGUUGGCCAGCGAGAGAAGUCUAGGAAAGAGCACCAAAAUGUCCCAGCUGAUUUUUUCGACGACCCUGUUGCAUCAAAAGUUGAACUGUCAGGGACGGCUGACAUAGCUUAUGAUGACUCGAUUGCCUCGAAGAGUCAACGUACAGAGACUGAAAACAUUGAGGAGAUGCGACAGAUUCCGGAAAAUUUCUUUGAUGAUCCCGUUCUUGACUCUAAGGUAAGGAACGUUCCAAUUCAGGAUACUCUAGACAAAGAAUGGGCUUUGUUUCGAAAGGAAAUCCAGCUGGAAAAAUUGAACGCAGAGGUUGUGGCGGACGAGCAGGACGAUGAGUUCACUUUUGAACGACAUCUAGAAGAAAUUGAUGAGGAAAUAAGGGGCUGGUCGAAGGUUAAUGACCUCGAGAAGAAGUUAGAAAUCACAAAACACGUAAAGGUAAAAAAAGAAGAGCUCGAAUACGAAAGUUGCGAAGAAUCCCUUGAAGACGAACUUCCUGAAGAUAGGAGUGGCAUAUGGUUAUUGCAAGCGUGGUGCCAUAUGAUGUCCACUGGCAGCAGCUUGGACGCUGUGGUUAUCGGCUGUACUGUGUGUGAAGAGCUGCAGUGCGAUGGCACAGUCGGUUAUGGCGGCUCGCCGGACGAGACGGGAGAGACGACGUUGGACGCAAUGGUGAUGUACGGGUAG